CACGCCCAGCCGGAACCCUCGCCUCGGUCACGACGCGCAGUCGCCCAUUUCGCAUCUCGUUGCGCUCUUCCUCCGAUUGGCCGCCGCCCGCCCCGCUCUCUUCAGAACAAGAAACAAACCCACCCCGACCACAGCAACAGGGCCGCCUCCCAGCCGCCGCCGCCUCCGCCGUCUCCGUCCCCGACGUCUUCUGCUGAACGCCGGCGUGGGGUGCCCGGGCUCCACCACCGGCGACGACUCCCUCUCCGCCGCGAGCGUUCCCCUCGACUGCUUCGUUUGCGGGGGUAGCCGGGGCUCCGGCCUCGGCGGCUUUCAAAGCCCCCUUCCUCACAACAGUAUCCAAAAUCCCGUCCUAGAGUUCUUCUACCUCCCGUUCCAGAAUUUCCUCUUUUGGCGUCACCGAUAGCAGUUUCAUCGAUCUCGAUCUCGAUCUCGAUUUCGAUCCAUUUCUUGUUUUCUUCUUUCUCUUCGAUUUCUUGCUAGCUAAUACAUCGAUCGACCGCCUCACCUCGUUUCAUUCUUUUCUGUUGUUCUGAUUUGUCGCCGCUAACACCACCCAAACAGCAAACUUUUAUAGCACAGAAAACAAAUCCCAAAAAAAAAGGUUAACUUUUUUCUGUGGACUUUAGCGUUCUCCGGUUGUGACGAGAUGCCUGCGCUCGCCGUUGACGCUACGGCACCUGUGGCGCACGCCUUCGCGUCGUGCGACGUGGCGCACUUCCCGACCCCACUGAUGGGCUCUGCCGCCGGGGCGGACAAGCAGGAGGCUGCCGCGUGGUCGGCCGACCUCUCCGCGGCGCUGUACAACGUGGACGGCUGGGGCGCACCCUACUUCUUCGUCAACGAGGAUGGCGACGUCGCCGUUCGCCCGCACGGCGCGGCCACGCUGCCCGGCCAGGAAAUCGACCUGGCCAAGGUCGUCGCCAAGGCAGCGGGGCCGCGCGCAGCCGCCGGGCUCGGUCUGCCGCUGCCGCUGCUAGUGCGCUUCCCCGACGUGCUGCGCCACCGCGUGGAGGCCCUCAACACGGCGUUCGACUACGCCGUGCGCUCCACCGGCUACGGCGCGAGGUACCAGGGCGUGUACCCGGUCAAGUGCAACCAGGAUAGGUACGUCGUUGAGGACAUUGUCGAGUUCGGCGCGCCGUUCCGCUUCGGCCUGGAGGCCGGCUCCAAGCCGGAACUGCUGCUCGCCAUGAGCUGCCUCGUCGCGCGCGGCAACCCGGACGCCCUGCUCAUCUGCAACGGCUACAAGGACGACGAGUACGUCUCGCUCGCGCUCAUGGCGCGCGCCAUGGGGCUCAACACGGUGAUCGUGCUCGAGCAGGAGGAGGAGCUCGAUAUUGUCGUCGAGGCAAGCCGCCGCCUUGGCGUGCGCCCGGUGGUCGGCAUGCGCGCCAAGCUGCGCACCAAGCACGCCGGCCACUUUGGCUCCACGUCGGGGGAGAAGGGCAAGUUCGGCCUCAAUGCUGCCCAGAUACUGUCCGUGGUGACCAAGCUCAAGACCAUUGGUAUGCUCGACUGCCUCCAGCUCCUGCACUUCCACAUUGGCUCCCAGAUCCCGACGACUGCUCUGCUCUCCGAUGGCGUCGGCGAGGCCGCGCAGAUCUACUGUGAGCUCGCCCGCCUCGGCGCGGACAUGCGCGUCAUUGAUGUCGGUGGUGGCCUCGGCAUCGACUAUGAUGGAAGUCACUCUGCCCAGACCGACAUGUCAGUGGCAUACAGCUUGGAGGAGUACGCGGCGGCCGUGGUUGCCGCGGUUGGCCGCGUCUGUGACCGCAAGGGGGUUCAGCACCCCAUCAUCUGCAGCGAGAGUGGCCGCGCGCUGGUGUCUCACCACUCGGUCCUGGUGUUCGAGGCCUUCUCGGCUUCAGCGCCUGGCCGCAUUGACACAGCGACGGCCUACCUGCUUGAGGACCUCACCGACGACUGCCGUGCUGACUACCGCAACCUCAUGGCUGCUGCGGUUCGUGGUGACUACGAUACCUGUGCUCUGUACGCCGACCAGCUCAAGCGCCGCUGCGCCGAGCAGUUCAAGGAAGGGGUUCUUGGCCUGGAGCACCUUGCUGCGGUUGAUGGGCUCUGUGAGAUCGUCGCCCGUGGCAUGGGCGCGGCCGAGGCGCCGCGCACGUACCACAUCAACCUUUCCGUGUUCACCUCCCUGCCGGACAUGUGGGCCAUCGGGCAGCAGUUCCCGAUCAUUCCAAUCCAGCGCCUGCACGAGCGCCCGGCCAUUGAUGGUGUCCUGUCAGACCUCACCUGCGACAGCGACGGCAAGGUCGGCCAGUUCAUCGGCGGGAGGCACAGCCUGCCGCUGCACGAGCUUCCCAGCCACGGCACCCGCGGGUACUACUUGGGCAUGUUCCUCGGGGGCGCGUACCAGGAGGCGCUCGGCGGGCUGCACAACCUGUUCGGCGGGCCGAGCGUGGUGCGCGUGUCGCAGAGCGACGGUCCCCACUGCUUCGCGGUGACGCGCGCAGCGGCGGGGCCGUCCUGCGCCGACGUGCUCCGCGCGAUGCAGCACGAGCCCGAGGUCAUGUUCGAGGUCCUGAAGCAGAGGACCGAUGGCGCCACGGCGGCUGCCCUCGCCAGAGUUUUCGGUGCAAUGCCGUAUCUCGUGUUCGACCCCGAGGCAGCGGUGAUGUCCAGCGGGGAGAGCUGCGGCAUGAGCAGUGACUCGGAAGGGUCUGCCGCCGGCGCUGCCGAUGAAGAUGAUGAUGAGUGGGAGUUCAUGCGCGGGUUCACCGUGUGAUGGCUGAUGAUGAAACACUCAAGCUCCCCUGUACCUGUCCUGUGUCGCUGGUGGACGAUGUUGCCAGCAGUUGUCAGUCAGUCGCCGGCGUUGGUAACCCCUCCGCCCGGUGUUGUAUCGUGUCAUGGUCGUUGUCGUCGGGUGUCUCGUCGUCGCCGGAGUUUCGUGGCGCCGCUUUUUUUAUUUCGAAUGCGUCAGUGUCCACUGUUCACCUUUUUUCUGGGAAAUAAAAAGGAACUAAUAAGUUUCUCUUCAA